CGUGUUCUUUUAAGUGCAUCAGCUAAAUAUUCUGUCAAUCGAAACGGACGGAAAACUCGCAAAACAAAACUUCCUCUACACAAACACCAUCCGGUCAGGGGAGACGACAUCCGAUCGAAACCGGUGCUCCUCUCUCACUGCGAAUCGUUGCUGAAUGCUCAGUGACAAAAGCAAGAGCUUGUGAUCUAAUACUGCCACACUGCGCCGUCAGCACCCCGGUUUUCAUGCCUGUCGGUACUCAGGGGACUCUGAAGGGAAUCACUGUGGAUCAGCUGGAGGGUCUUGGAUGUCAGAUUUGUCUUGGGAACACAUACCACCUGGGCAUGAGACCGGGACCUGAUUUGAUCGAGAAAGCCAAUGGAUUACAUGGGUUCAUGAACUGGAGGAGAAAUCUUUUAACAGACAGUGGAGGCUUUCAGAUGGUGUCUCUUGUUGAACUCUCAGAGGUCACAGAGGAAGGGGUCAAGUUCAAGUCCCCCUAUGAUGGCAAAGAGAUCCUUCUAACUCCAGAGAAAUCCAUCAGCAUACAGAACAGUUUGGGGUCAGACAUCAUGAUGCAGCUGGACGAUGUGGUCAGCAGUACUGUGACAGGACCGCGGGUAGAGGAGGCUAUGCACAGAUCCAUUCGCUGGCUGGACCGCUGCAUAGCAGCCAAUAAAAAUCCAGACAAACAGAACCUUUUUGCCAUCAUACAGGGAGGGUUGAAUGCAGACCUGCGCAAGGCUUGUCUAGAUGAAAUGACUCAGCGCGAUGUUCCUGGUUUUGCCAUCGGAGGCCUGAGUGGAGGAGAGGAGAAGGAUGACUUCUGGAGGAUGGUAACGCUAAGCACUGACCACCUGCCACGAGAAAAGCCUCGAUACCUCAUGGGUGUGGGGUAUGCAGUGGAUUUGGUGGUGUGUGUCGCUCUGGGAUGUGAUAUGUUUGACUGCGUGUUCCCCACACGCACUGCAAGGUUUGGUUCUGCCUUGGUGCCUUGGGGAUCUCUCCAGGUAAAACAUAAGCAGUAUGCCAAGGACUUCCAGCCCAUAGACCCAGACUGCCAGUGUCCCACCUGCAAGAGACAUAGUCGAGCUUACCUGCAUGCUCUGUUUAAGAGUGACACUGCAGCCAUGCAUCACAUCACCAUCCAUAACAUUGCCUACCAGCUCACCCUGAUGCGCUCUGUGAGACAGAGCAUUGUGGAGGGCCGCUUCCCCGAGUUUAUACGGUCGUUCAUGAAGCGGAUGUUUCCCUCUCGUGACCAGUACCCCAGCUGGGCUGUGGACGCUUUUGCCUCUGUCAAUGUCACAUUGGAAUAGAACUUGGAAGGAGACAGUUUUACUUUAAAUGGACAUAAAUGUCAGUGACUGAAACAUUUUGUAUCUUUUAAAUGACUUGUUUUUAAGGAUGAUUGUUUUCUACUCUUUGUUUAUAUUUGUAUUUGCCUCGCCCGUUUUGUAGGCGGUGAAGCAAAUGGCUUUUGAUCCAAAGGGAUAAAGCCUGAUUGCCUUUUACAACAACCUUCUUUACUCAGCCUCUGAAAAUUACAGAGUAUAUAUUAUGAAAAUGUGAGACUGAAUGGGGUUUAAAUGAGGUUUGAAACACAUGAACUAUCUCCUCUGAUAUGCUCAGACACUUUUUGUUGUUACCAUGGCUACACAGCUAGGCCCACCCACUUGAAAUGAAAUGUUUUUCCUUCCUGUCAACCUCUUUGUAUUUUUUUUUUUUUUGUGCCUGAGCAUAUUACAGAUAAAUCUAUGUGUAUUCUGGUGUUUUAACCUACAUCCUAACUGACUAGUUGUUGUCACCUAACUGUUUGAUCACAUAAAUGAACCUAGCUCACAAUAGAUUGUGUGCUUGUAUCAUGAUGACCACCAGAGGGCAAAAUAGACAAAAUCAGUGACAGUAAAACUGAAUGAUAUUCAGUAUAAAUUUCCUAAUAGAGCAAGCAGCAGUUCAGCUGUCUCUCGGUAAAAAUAACAUAUGAUUACAGUUAGAUUAGGAAUAUGAGCUGAAAUGUAGGAGGGUGCAAAAACACUGACAAAAGAAUUAUUCACAGUCCAAAUUCUGCAUCUAUCUAAAUAGAAUCAAAUCAUUCUUAAGGCCCUUUGUUCUUUUUUUCCUCAUCAAUUCAAUGGGCAAUAAUGCUUUCUGACCCUCUGAGUGAAUGUCUUGUUUGGAGCUUACAGAGGUGCUGGUCUGUCAAGGCUCAUUUGUGCGUGAUUAAUAUUAAUCAUUGGAAGUUAAUUUGAAUAACACCUGUUGUCUGU